AUGAAAGAAGACAACACUAAUAAUGAUAUAUCCCUUGGUGAAAAGGACAUAAGUAGGAAGGAGUCACCUUUUUAUGACACUUCUAUUGCUCAUAGAGAUGUAAAACAUUUUGUUAGACCCCCAAUAUGUAGUGUUUCUACAGCUACAGAUUCUUUUAGAUGUUCUACAUAUUCUAAUGCUAAUUAUAUGACUUGUCCAUAUAUGAACUCUUAUGAGACUUGUACUGAGAAUAAUAUACCUGUGCAUGGAUUAAGAGAAAAAAAUGGAAAAUAUAAAGAAUGUGAAGAAGAUGAUAAUAAGGAUUUGAAUUAUAUGUGUGAUAAUGUAUAUGUAGAUCCAUAUAAUAUAUCUACAAUUGAAAAAAAAGACGAUAUAUAUUUUUCGAUGUUUAAAAAUGAGGAAUCGAAUAUAAAAAACAAAGAAAGUAAUCAUAAUAAUAGUAAGUACCCUUUUAAUAGUUGUACAAAAGAUAUGAAAAUAUGUGCAAAUGAGUAUAACGAUAGUAAGAAUUUUUCUUCUUUUCUUAGUAAAGAUAGUAUUUAUCCUAAUUCUAUAUCAAAGAAUCAUAUGUCAAAUAAAAUACCGUUUUAUAAUAAAGAGAUUUUAAAAAAUAUAAAUAUAAAUAUAAAUAAUAAUAAUAAUAAUAAUAAUAAUAUAAAAAUGAAGAGAAACACAAUUAACAAUGAUGAGAUAUUCAAACAAAUUGCUUAUGAAAAAAAUGUUAUAAAUAAAAUUAAUAAACCAACAUACGAUCUUUUUAAAAAGGAUGAAAAAUAUCCAUACCUUCCAAAUGACGAAAAAUAUAAUGAUAUGAUGAUUAUGCUUAUGAGCGGAUUAGAUAUAAAAGAUAACUAUAAUAACAUUUGUGAUAAUAACAAUAACAAAGAAAAAAAGAAUCCAGUUGACGAUAAAAAUAUUCAAGAUGUAAACAAAAACGGAAAUUAUUUUAAAGAUUAUAUAUCUGAUGUAUACCAUAAAUUAAUAAAUGAAAAUAUAAACAAUAAUAAAGAAAUAAAUAAUAUUAAUAAUUAUAAUAUAUUUAAUAAUUAUAUAGACAAUGAUAACAUAAAUAGUAAUGAUAAUUAUAUAUAUAUGAAUAGGGAAAACAAUCAAGAUGUUGACAAAAAUACAUUUUCUUUUGGUAAGUCAAAUUUAAACUUCAAAAAGGAAAAUAACAAUAUAUAUGACACAUGUAAAGUGUUUAUAAAUAAAGAUUAUAAGGAAGAUAUACUUGGUAAUAAUAAUAUAGAAGAUAUACUUGGUAAUAAUAAUAUAGAAGAUAUACUUGGUAAUAAUAAUAUAGAAGAUAUACUUGGUAAUAAUAAUAUAGAAGAUAUUCUUGAUAAUAAUAAUAUAGAAGAUAUUCUUGAUAAUAAUAAUAUAGAAGAUAUUCUUGAUAAUAAUAAUAUAGAUGAUAUUCUUGAUAAUAAUAAUAUAGAAGAUAUUCUUGAUAAUAAUAAUAUAGAAGAUAUACCUUAUAAUUAUAAUAAAGAAUAUAUUUUUGAUAAUAAUAAUAUAGAAGAUAUACCUUAUAAUUAUAAUAAAGAAUAUAUUUUUGAUAAUAAUAAUAAUAUAGAAGAUACAUUUGAUAAUUACAAUAAUGACAAUACAUUUACAAAUCAUUAUUUUUAUAAUUUAAAAAAAGGAAAAAAAGUUAGCUUUGACAUAAAUAUAAAUAAAAAUAAAAUAAUAGAUCACUCAUUUUCAAUUAACGAAUCAUAUCCAUUUUUUUUACAAAACAACAUAAAAGAUAAUAAAAAAAAUUCUUUGCAUAAUCCAUGUGUGGAUUUAAAUAUAUAUCCUAACGAUCUUAAUGAAGUAAUAUUCCACGAUUCUGAAGAUAAAAAUAUAUUGAUUGAUGAUGAUUAUAAACUCAAAAGAGAAGAUGUAAAAAUUGACGAAAAAGAAAAUAAAAGACCAGAUGAUGAUACAAAUAAAAAUUCAAUAAUACAAAAAGAAGAAAAUAUUAAGGACAAUAUAAAUCAGUUAAUCCUGUCGAAUUAUAUAACUCAUAAAAAUGAUUACAUAAAUAUUAACAAUAUUGAUGAUGAAAAAAUGAUAAAAGGUUUCCACAAAAAGGAAAUAUUUUCAUAUAUAAAAGAAAAUGAUGAUGAUAAUAAUAAUAAUAAUAAUAAUAAUAAAUAUUAUAUGGAUAGUAAUAACAAUGUAAAAAAUAAUUGUAAUACUUGUUAUUAUAAUUAUAAUAAUGGGUGGUGGGAUAAAUCACCCAUUUUAUCUGAGAAUUAUAUAUCUAACCAUAAUAAUAUACAAUAUAAUUUUUCUUCAAAUUAUUCAAACAAUGUUAUAUACCCUUUACAUAAUGAAAGUUAUACACAUGAAGAAAAAUCAUCAUUGGAAGAUAUAAAAGAUGAGGAGCCUUUAGUUUUUGUUAAGCAUGAGUAUGAUAAUAAAAAUAAAUUAAAUGAUAUGGUAUGUUUAGACAACUGUUUAUGUGAUACAUGUGUAAGUAUAAAUGAAGAAUUGUUAUCUAACGAAGAAAAAAAUAAAAAAAAUAUUUUUGAAAACAUGAAAACAUAUAAUUUUUUAUGUAAUUUGUUAAAUGAUAAACAAGAUGAUUUUACAGAUAAUAAUAAUGAAUAUAUAACAAGUCAAUCAUGUUUUGAAGAAAAUAAUAAUAUGAAUGAAUAUUAUCAUAAUAAUGAAUAUAAUAAUAUUAAUGAUACAUAUGAUAACUAUAUUUUUGAUAAUAUAAACCAAGAAUAUGAUAAUUCCCCUCUUGAGGAAAAUAUUAUAUAUCCUGAGAGUUAUAACAAUAUAUUACAACACAAAAAAAAAGAUAAGGAUAUCAUAAUAAAAAAAAAAAAAUCACUAGCUAAAUAUACCUUAAUUGUUAAUGUUCCACCUAAUACAACAAGAAAAGAUUUAAUGAAUGUAUUUAGUCAAUUUGGAAAUGUUGAUUUAACUAUGGUUGUAUGUGAUAAAGAAUCUAGACAUCCUAAUAAAGAAUGGACUGCUACAUCAGGUUAUUCAUUUGUACGUUUUUCAACAAAUAUAGAAGCUCGAAAAACAUUAACAGCAGCUACAUGUGGAUUAAUUAAAAUACGUGGAAGUAAAGUAAGAGCAACCUGGGCAAAAAAAGAUUCUUAUUCAAAAAGAGAAAAAGAUAUAGUUUUAAAAAUACCCUCUUCUAUUUUAAUGAUUAAUAUACAAGAAUUUAAUUGUUGUAUUUGUAAAAUUUACUUAUCUUAUCAACCUAUUCUAUUCCCUUGUUGUUUUGUUUCUUCAUGUUCAGAUUGCUUGGCCAACUCUAUUAUGAAUGAUAUAAAUCAACAAAAUUUUAAAUGUCCGAAUUGUAAUAUUAUACUUAAUGACAAAAUUAUUAAACUUGAUAAAAAUGUCAAAGGUACUCUAGCCUUAUUAUAUAAAUAUUAUUCAAAUAUAAAAGUUAAAUGUCCACAUACCGGUUGUUUGUGGAUAGGAUAUCACUACCAAUAUCUAAAUCAUUUUAUCUCUUGUAAAUAUAACAUACCACAUGAAAUCCAAACAUAA